AGAUCCACUUUUUAAAUUACUUCUUGACAAAGGAGCGUGCCCAUUUGUUAGCAGUCAAAGAGGUGAUACAAUCUUUCAUAUGGUGGCUAAACUCAGAGAUUGGGACAUUGUGAAACAGCUGAUAGAACGUGGAGCCAAUGUAAACGAACCUGACAGUGAGGGAUUCCACAUUCUUCACAGACUUGUUCAAGACCCAAAUGAGUCAAUACUUGAACUCUUAGUUAUAAAAGGUGUAAAUCUCAACUGUAGAUGUCCAAAUAUCGGAACAGCACUGCACAUGGCCGUAAAAGAGCAAAAGUGGAGUUUUGCAAAACGUCUAGUUGCGUUUGGGGCAGAUGUUAACGACAGUGGUCUGGAAGGACUCAGCAUCCUUCACAUUAUUGCUGCACAGAAAAUUGGUUACAGUUAUGAUUUUACUCCAUUCCUCCAUCUCCUCAUCUCUAAGGGCGCAGAUGUGACUGCACGCAGUCCUAGCGGUGAUUCUGUUUUUCAUUUAGCUGCCAGAUAUAACAACUGGGAGAUAAUUAUGGAGCUGCUUACUCACAGAAACGAUGAAACAGAUUGUCAGAGAUUUACUAGUACUAACAAGCAGAUUAUUAAUAGUUAUGGAAUAGAACGCCUUGACGAACCAGACAGCGAAGGAUUCACUAUUCUCCAAAGGCUGGUUACAAAAACUUUCCCCAACAUGUCGCUUCUUCGGCAUCUCCUUGACAACGGCGCCAAAUGUGACACCCUGUGUUCUUCCGGUCACAGCGCCAUGCAUCUCGCCGUAAAACACGACAACUGGUCUAUAAUGGACGAACUGUUGCGGGAUAAGAUCGAAGCACAGUCAGCCUUAACUCCAUCAACUAAAGAACGUUUUAACUCUUCGUCGCAGGAGAAACUUGCUGGCAUAAAAAGAACACAUAACUCAAAAAUAGAGAGGAAACAAAGUGGAAGAGCACCUUUCAACAUAAAUGCCAAAGAUUUGACUGGAAACACAGUCUUACAUCUCAGCGCAAAAGCGGAGAAAUGGGAUCAAGUCCACACCCUACUGACGUGUGGAGCAAACGCCACUUUAGAAGAUGACGAGGGUCACACGGUCUUCUACUGGAUGGCCGUUGAGAAAGGGAAAGGGAUACUUACUGAAACGGAAUAUUAUCUGACAAGAGUUCUUGAAAUAUUAAGGAAAGAAUCUGUUGUCACGAUAGAAAGGGACGAAUUCGGCGAUACACUAAUACAGAUUGCGUCCAGAAACAAGAAUUUAGAAGUCGUGGACAUGUUGCUUGACCAUGUGGACGACGUGAACAUGAGAGACAAGGAUGGUCUGACAAUUCUACACAGAGUCGUGCAGUGUACGUCACCUGUGUCUUUGAAUAUUGUCCAGACGUUGAUGAAGAGGAAGGCAGAUAUAGAAAUACCUGAUUCAAAGGGCGAAACCCCCCUUCAUCUUGCAGCUCAGUGUAGUAACUGGGAUAUCGUGCGAGAGCUGCUAGAGAAUGGGGCCAGGGCUGGUAACAGUGACAGUCAAGGAGUGUCUGUUUUACACAGACUGCUAAAUAACUCGUGUUGUAAACCGGCAACUUAUCCGUUCCUAUUAGUUGGCUUUGCCAACAGCCCGAACAAUUCUACAGAAAGAAAAUUGCCUCUUGUUAAAUUAAUGGUUCACAACGGGGUCGACAUAAACACCAAAAAUCAAAAUGGCUUGACAGCAAUACAGCUGGCGUUGAUCGAGAAAGACUGGGAAUGUUGUACAGUUCCUUUUAAAAUGUGGAGAAUCAUUUCUGGGCCUAAACCUCUGAUGCACCUUCUUGUUUUAAAAUAUCGGCUACAAGACCGCGCAACGUGGCUGUCUUUUCUAGACGCUUUACUUGCGCUGGGAGUAGAUAUUAACAGUCGGGAUGAAAGUGGAAAAACAAUCCUAUAUCAGAAGUGGAGGGAUUUUAUCGUCAACUGUCGAUUUAAAUUUUCAAACUCUUUUAUCCACGAGUUGGUGAACAGAGGAGUCAGUCCUCUUGUCGCAGACGAUGAAGGACAAUCACUGCUCAUAGAUGUUUUGGUUCUUGAGAGAAAUCUGGCUUUAGAAUCCGUCAAAUUGCUUAUAGAGCUAGGCGUCUCCACCCAUCAACCGGCCUUGACAGACAAUGCUAACACCAACAGCGGGUCGAGAAGUCUGCAAGCAUCAACACGAUCUCCUACACAGCGGGCUUUUGAGAAGAAAUACGUCAAGGCCUUUGAGAUGUUGGUUGAAUCAGGCGCCAGCUCCAACAGGGAAUUAUUUGAUCUCAGUACACGAUAUCAGGCGGAGCUUUCCUCCAGAAAGAAGACUAAAGCAGAGAGAAAGAUGCUGAACAUACUGAACCACGCCGCCAAAAGGCUUGUAAUGGUCAUCUUACUGCCUUUUGACACGACCAAAUUUGGAUUAAAAAACAUGGAACAAAGAGAGAUCGCACAGAAAUUAGCAGCGGCCAUUGAUUGCAGGAACUGGGUCGUCGUCAGAGACCUGCUGUGUGACGAGGAUGUGGAUGUGGCUGACGUUGAGCGAUGUCUCGUCCUCCACACCCUGGCUUCCACUCCAGACAUCAGCCUCUCGCUUGUAGAAGACAUCGUGGACGAGAUCUUGUCACGUGACGUGAACAUUAACAUGGCCGAUAAUAACGGAGACACGGCUGUUAUGGUGGCCGCCAGAUGUGAGAACUGGAAGGUCGUGUGGCUUCUGAUGUCUAGACAGGGGGCGCUGCCUGACAAAGACCGCGUGAUUGUUUUUUUGAGGAUCGUGAGUCGUAGUGAGCAUAUGAACAAAAACUGCGGAUUGAGUGUUCAUAUUUUAGGCUGUUUAUGGGAAAGUCUCAAUCAGACGAUACCUGAAUGUCACCACAGAGCCAUACACGAGGUAUUAAUUCAUGUUGCAGCCAAAGUGAACUGUUGGUGGCUGGUCCGUGACCUCUUAACAGCCGACAUUGCUAACACUCUAGAUGAAGAAGGGCUGGGACUUGUGCACAGACUUGCUAAAGGCGGCAUGAAUCAUCAUAUUUACCUCUUACACAAACUGCUUGAAAAUGGCGGUGAUAUUAACUUAAAGAAUGUAGAUGGUGACACAGCUACUCACAUUGCCGUAAAAAGCAAGAACUGGAAAAUGCUGGAUGCCUUGUUGCGGAGAGGAGCUAGAGUCGACAUCGCCAACAACGACAACCACACUGUCUUACACACACUGGUUUUUUAUUUUUGUUUCCUUUCAGAGAUCUGGAAAAGUGCUGACACCACUUUCUCAUUGCUGCAGAAAAACUGCUGGAACAUAGAUGCACGUGAAGGAGGAGGGUACACCGCUCUGCACCUAGCAGUCAAAGAAAGAAACAGUCUAAUCGCGGAAAAGUUGCUGACCUUUGGUGCACGUGCUGAUGUGCAGGAUGGAAAUGGCAGAACUGUGCUGCACACAAUGGCGACACACAAACGUGAAUUUUCAUCUUCGUUGUUAAAAAAAGCUAUUGCAUGCGGCGCAGGUUUAAAAAUCAAUUAUUCAGAAGGAAACACUGCUUUACAUUUAGCUGCAAAACUUGGCAACUGGGGGUAUGUGAACGAUUUGAUAUCUGAAGGGGCGGUAGUAACAGAGCCUGACAGUGAUGGCUGUACAGUUUAUGACAGGAUUUUUACGAAUGAAACUUCAUGCAUUUGUCUUGACCUCCCUUCUCUUGAAAGAUUUCCACUUAAUGUGCAACUGCAUUUGGCUGUGAAACUUAAGUGUUGGAAAGAUUUUAAAAACCUACUAAGGAAAGGUGCACCUAUUAACCAACGUGACCGCUUAGGCUUUACAGUGCUUCAGAGACUUGCACAGAUGGACUCGAUGGAAUCUAUAGAAGAAGUCUUCCGAUUUCUGGUGAAUAAGGGCGCAGACAUCACCGUACGAACCCAGGAAGGUGACAACCUGCUGCAACUGGCCGCCAAACACAAAAAUUGGCUCGUCGUAGAGCUAAUGUUGAAACAGUUCAGUCCUUACGAACCCGACAGCGAGGGAUUUUCUGUCAUUCAUAGACUUGCCGAAUACAGAGGGAGAAACUUUUCGGCUCUUUUUGCUAAGUUUUCUAACAAAACUGCAGUGAUGUCAUCACGGACCCCAAGUGGUGAAACUUUAUUACAGUUUUCAGCAAAAUGUGGAAACAUCCCUAUGGUGGAACACCUGAUUCAGGAACGUGAUGUGACAAACAUAAACCAAGUCGAUAGUGAAGGUUUAAGUGUUUUACAUAGAACCGUUCAGUACGAGUCUAAGUAUACCGAAGAUAAUAUUGGUUCUGUUGUGAACCUUUUGCUUAGCCAGGGAGCCAACCCUCGCCUUCGUAGCUCUGUGGGCGAUACAGCUCUACACCUGGCGGCCAGACACAAUAACUGGGACAUAGUUGAGUGUCUUGUUGAGCACGGGUGUGACCUGAAUGAGCCCGACAGUGAGGGAUUUUAUGUUCUCCACAGACUUGCGCAAACCACACAGCUGAGACAUUCAUCGCUAAAAUCACAUAAAGAAGAGUAUGAAGCUCUCUUCGUGAUGUUUGUUACCAAAGGUGCUGAUGUGUUUGUCCACACCUCUGCUGGUGACAGUGUCAUACAGUUGGCAGCAAAACACGGCAACUGGACUAUAGUUGAACAUCUUGUGAAACUAGAAUGUGAGGUGAACGAACUUGACAGCGAGGGACGGAAUGUUCUUCACAGACUUGCACAAACAACACAGCGGAGACAGGUAUUGUACAACUCAAGUGAAGCACCUGAAGACACUCUCUUUUGCAACCUUCUUAACAAAGGUGCUGAUGUGUAUGUUCGCACCUCUGCUGGUGACAGUGUCAUGCAGUUGGCAGCGAAACACGGUAACUGGGAAAUAGUUGAACGUCUUUUGGAGCUAGAAUGGGACGUGAACGAACUUGACAGCGAGGGAUAUAGUGUUCUUCACAGGUUUGCGCAAACAACUCAGCAGACACAGGUAAAGGACGACAUUUUCUUUUCUACCCUUAUUAACAAAGGUGCAGAUGUGUCUGUUCAAUGUCGUACAGGUGAUACUGCCUUGCACCUGGCAGCCAAAUGCAAUAACUGGACAAAAGUUCUAUAUCUUGUUAACCAAGGAUGUGACAUGAACCAGCCUGACAGCGAAGGAUGUUAUAUUCUCCACAAAAUUGCAGAAGACGUUCGGCCAUUCAACAACUCACUUUUUACAUUACUAAUUGACAAAGGAGCGUGCCCAUUUGUUCGCAGUAACAAUGGUGAUACAGUCAUUCAUGUGGUGGCUAAACUCCCUGAUUGGGAUGUUGUGAAACAACUGAUAGAACGUGGAGCCAAUGUAAACGAACCUGACAGUGAGGGAUUUCACAUUCUUCACAGACUUGUUCAAGAGCCAGAUGAGAAAAUACUUGAACUCUUAGUUGCGAAAGGUGUAAAUCUCAACUGUAGAUGUCCAAAUAUAGGAACAGCACUGCACAUGGCCGUGAAAGAGCAAAAGUGGAGUUUUGCAGAGCGACUGGUUGAGUUCGGGGCAGAUGUUAACGAGCGUGAUCUGGAAGGACUCAGCAUCCUUCACAUUAUUGCUUGUCAGAAAAUGGAUUACAGAAGUCAUGAUUUUACUCCACUCAUUCAUCUUCUCAUAUCUAAGGGCGCAGAUGUGACUGCAUGCAGUCCUAGCGGUGAUUCUGUUUUUCAUUUAGCUGCCAGAUAUGAUAAGUGGGAGAUCAUUGAGCAACUGCUUACUCCCAGAAACCAUGGAGCAGAUUGUCAGAGAUUAAAUAGCUGUAACAAGAGGACUAUUCAUAGUUAUGUAGUCGAACGCCUUGACGAACCAGACAGUGAAGGAUUUACUAUUCUGCAAAGGCUGGCUACAAAAACUAAACGCAAUACGUCGCUUCUUCGGCAUCUCCUUGACAACGGCGUCAAAUGUGACACCCUGUGUCCUUCCGGUCACAGCGCCAUGCAUCUCGCCGUAAAACACGACAACUGGUCUUUAAUAGAAGAACUGUUGCGGGAUAAGACCGAACCACAGUCAGCCUUAACUCCAUCAAGUAAGGAACGUUUUCACUCUUCGUCGCAGGAGAAACUUGCUGGCAUAAAAAGAACACAUAACUCAAAAAUAGAGAGGAAACAAAGCGGAAGAGCACCUUUCAACAUCAAUGCCAAAGAUUCGAUUGGAAACACAGUCUUACAUCUCAGCGCAAAAGCUGAGAAAUGGGAUCAAGUCCACAGGCUGCUGACGUGUGGAGCAAACGCCACUUUAGAGGAUGGUGAGGGUCACACUGUCUUGUACUGGAUGGCCGCUUGGAAAGGGAGAUUUUUUACUGAAAAGGAUGAUUAUCUGACAAAAGUACUUGAAAUAUUAAGGAAAGAAUCUGUUUGCACGAGAGAAAGAGAUGAAUUCUGCGACACAUUAAUACAGAUUGCAGCCAGAAAAAAAAAAUUAGAAGUCGUGGACAUGUUGCUUAACCAUGUGGACGACGUGAACAUCAGAGACAAGGAUGGUCUGACGAUUCUACACGGAGUCGUGCAGUGUCCGUCACCUGUGUCUUUGAAAAUUGUCCAGACUUUGAUAAAGAGGAAGGCAGAUACAGUGGAACCUCGGUUAACGAACUUAAUCCGUUCUGGAAAACUGUUCGUUAUCCGAAAUGUUCGUUAUCCGAAACCGAGGUUCCACUGUAUAGAAAUCGCUGAUCCACAUGGCGAUACCGCCCUUCAUCUUGCAGCUCAGUGUAGUAACUGGGAUAUCGUGCGAGAGUUGCUAGAGAAUGGGGCCAGGGCUGAUAACACUGACAGUGAAGGAAUGCCUGUCUUACACAGACUGCUAAAUAACUCGUGUCGUAAACUGGCAACUUAUCCGUUCCCAUCAGUUGGCUUUCGCAAAAGCCAGAAAAUUUCUAAAGCAAGAAAAUUGACUCUUGUUAAAUUAAUGGUUCACAAAGGUGUCGACAUAAACACCAAAAAUCAAAAUGGCUUGACAGCAAUACAGCUGGCGUUGAUCAAGAAAGACUGGAAAGUUGUACAGCUCCUUUUAAAACGUGGAGCUGAUGUUGACCAAAAUGUUGCUCCAAAAGGGAAAUCAUUUUUACACGAGCUCGCUAUGGAUACUAGAGUAGAUGCUCAAACAGCAACAUCUGUUACUGAACAGUUGCUGACAUGUGGCUUUCGUCUUAACGACAUUGAGCCACACGGUGACACGCCCUUGAACCUCGCCGCUAAGUGUGGAAACUGGAAGAUGGUUUGCGUGUUAUUAGAGCAUGGGGCUGAUGCUAGCAUACCCGACAGUCAGGGAUGGUUUGUGUUUCACAGGCUGGUAAUGGACACUACUCACCGGAAAUACAAUGAAAUAAAUUUGUCAUCCUUACUGUUGCUACUAACUAGAAAUGGAUUUCAAGUGAACCAGACAGGACCUGCUGGAAAGAGCUGUAUACAGCUAUCGUUAGAGAACAGAAAGUGGGAUUUGUUUUGGUGGCUUGUAGAAUCCCAGCUAUCUUUCGUCUUUACUCUUCAAGAAAAAAAGACAAUUUUACAGCACAUUUAUUUGAUUACAAGUGAAAAUUCUGACCUCGAAAAGGUGAGAACCUUGAUAUUGCGUGUCACUGAAAGAGACGAUUCUUUUUGCCGAGAACUUACAGAAUGUAAAGACAAAGCGCUUAACUUAAGUUUUUCAAAUUGCAACUGGUUUGUGGCUAAAGUACUUGUCGAAUGUGGUGCUGACAUAGGAAUCAUUUCUAGAGCUAAACCUCUGAUGCAUCUUCUUGUUUUAAAAUAUCGGCCAGAAGACCGCGCAACGUGGCUGUCUUUUCUAGAUGCUUUACUUGCGCGGGGAGUAGAUAUUAACAGUCGGGAUGAAAGUGGAAAUACAAUCCUAUAUCAGAAGUGGAGGGAUUUUAUCGUCGACUGUCGAUUUAAAUUUUCAAACUCGCUUCUCCACGAGUUGCUGGACAGAGGAGUCAGUCCUCUUGUCGCAGACGAUGAAGGACAAUCACUGCUCACAUAUGUUUUGGUUCUUGAGGAAAGUCUGGCUUUAGAAUCCGUCAAAUUGCUUAUAGAGCUAGGCGUCUCCACCCAUCAACCGGCCUUGACAGACAAUGCUAACACCAACAGCGGGUCGAGAAGUCUGCAUCGAUCUCCUACACAGCGGGCUUUUGAAAAGAAAUACGUCAAGGCCUUUGAGAUGUUGGUUGAAUCAGGCGCCAGCUCCAACAGGGAAUUAUUUGAUCUCAGUACACGGUAUCAGGUGGAACUUUCCUCCAGAGACAAGACUACAGCCGAGACACAGAUGCUGGACAUACUGAACCACGCCGCCAGUCAGCCUCGGUCUCUCAAGUCUUUGUGUCGCCUGACUGUCUCUCACGCUCUUGGCUGCGGCCCUCGUAGGAUGGAGAGAGUUAAGUCCCUUCCCCUUCCUGCUUCACUUCAGGAUUAUGUCCAGUUUUGCGAUUUUGUGUCUAGAGAAGAAGAAACGGAAGAAACAGAAAAGGUCUGUUUUCAUGAGACACAAUUUGACGAUAUGGAUGAUCUAUACGAGUACCUAUCGAUGUCUGAUUACGAUUAUGAUUUCAAACUGUAUGAUUCCGAAGAGGACAAUUACUCGCCUUAUCGGUACAAAUACGGUUAUGAACCAUACCACUUCCAAGACUGGUAAUAAAUGCUGUGUGAUCUUUCAGUAUCUUCAGUUCUGGUGAUGUAACAGAAGGAUAACCCGUCAGUGUGCUCGCCCUAGAAUCUGCUUUUCUUUUGAUUUUUACCUCUAGUAUAAGAUCUGCAUUUGUUCUUACCUGUGUGUUGUGUUGUCGUAUUUGACUGCCACUUUGUUUUAAUCUGCGGAUUGAUGGAAACUUUUGUAUCACUGUCUCUGCUGUCUGACAGUCACAAGCAACGUUCUUUCAGAGUUACGUACCUUGAGUGUCGUCUGCGCAGACAGUUUUACGACAUUGCGACGUGCUGGAACUACAAAAUAGACAAAUUCUCUUUAUUCCCUGCUCCCCAACUACAUAUAGUGAGUUAGAUUCUUUUGUCCAGCCAUAGACCGACAUGUUUUAACGGAAUAGACGGUAAUCUUUUUUUUUUUUGUAUGCUAUUUUGCACCAGCCGUCACGUAGCCUUAGCUCAGGCUCCCAGUCACGCUUCUGUCUCCCUGCAGUGGAAGACACCAACAAGAAGCGCACUGGAGCCAGGGC